AUGGCAGAAGUCGAAGAAGCUAAACGUCACGAGAUCAACGCCACAAAAGCCGAAAACACCAAUGUCUCAUUCACAAUCUGGCUGCCCUCGCAGGGGGUCCGUGACGCCGUGAUCGUCCGCCUCACCAAAACCCUAUCAUCGUCAUCCUCCUCCUCCGUCAUUUCCAACUCCAAGCACUACGGCUCCGUCCCGGCCGACGAGGCCUCCGCCGCUGCCCGUGUCAUUGAAGAGGAGGCAUUCUCCGCCGCCUCUGCCGCUGAUGACGACGUGGACAGAAGGAUCGAGACCCUUGGAGUGUACGCGAAGGAGAUCAGCAAGCGAACCCUCGAAAUGCUCAAAGUUAGGGCUGCUCAGGUCUUCGUACGUUGA